AUGCAACGUUCUAUUAGGAGGACGGAUUGCCUCAGUAAGUCUCAGUCUCAGUGUCUCAGUAAGCCUCAGUCUCAGUGCCUCAGUAAGUCUCAGUCUCAGUGUCUCAGUAAGCCUCAGUCUCAGUGCCUCAGUAAGCCUCAGUCUCAGUGCCUCAGUAAGCCUCAGUCUCAGUGUCUCAGUAAGCCUCAGUCUCAGUGCCUCAGUAAGCCUCAGUCUCAGUGCCUCAGUAAGUCUCAGUGCCUCAGUAAGCCUCAGUCUCAGUGCCUCAGUAAGCCUCAGUCUCAGUGCCUCAGUAAGUCUCAGUCUCAGUGUCUCAGUAAGCCUCAGUCUCAGUGCCUCAGUAAGCCUCAGUCUCAGUGCCUCAGUAAGUCUCAGUCUCAGUGCCUCAGUAAGCCUCAGUCUCAGUGCCUCAGUAAGUCUCAGUCACAGUGUCUCAGUAAGCCUCAGUCUCAGUGCCUCAGUAAGUCUCAGUCUCAGUGCCUCAGUAAGCCUCAGUGCCUCAGUAAGCCUCAGUCUCAGUGCCUCAGUAAGCCUCAGUCUCAGUGCCUCAGUAAGCCUCAGUCUCAGUGCCUCAGUAAGCCUUAG